AUGUUAAAGUUAACAUCUCUAAUACUGGUGCUUUUUGCAUUUUCCCAUGUUGUUGAUUGCAGUUCGAUGCCAGUGAGAAAUAUGUUUCUCAAGGUUGGAGAUCGUCUGGAAAUCGAAUAUUACAGCCCAAAGAAACUUGAGAGAUUUGUGAAGAAUGCAAAAGGAGUUGAACAACAUCAAGUUUAUAGAAUUUGCAAUGGAAACAAUAAAGCAAAGUGUGGAUUUUGGGAGAAUAUAAAAACCAAGAAAAAGGUCGGACCAACCACCAAUUACAAUAAGAAGAAGAAUAUGAUGGUUAUUCCAAAAGUGAAGUUACUCGAUGCGGGAACAUACAGAGAUAAUUAUUAUGAUACUGUUUAUGUUUAUAUUGAGAAAUAA